CGCCGUAGCGGCGGGCGGGGAUGCUGCUGCUGCUGCUGCUGCCGCCGGCUCCCCCCGCUCCACCCCGCCGCCGCCGCAGCCACGCCAGACGCAGCGCGGCUCGGAGCGCGAACGGAGCCUCCCGCAGCCGCCGCGGCCCGGGCAGCCCCGCUCCCCGCCAUGGCCCGGAACCGCCGGGAGAGGAGCAGCUGGGGUAGUUUUGCAGAGAAGACCUACGAGUGGAGCUCUGAGGAGGAGGAGUCUGUGAGGAAGGCAGGACCUGUGCAGGUCCUCAUUGUCAAGGAUGACCAUUCCUUUGAGCUGGAUGAAGCUGCACUGAACCGCAUCCUCCUCUCAGAGGCUGUCAGAGACAAAGAGGUCGUGGCUGUGUCUGUUGCUGGAGCUUUUAGGAAAGGGAAAUCGUUCCUGAUGGACUUCAUGCUGCGGUACAUGUACAAUAAGGAAGCUGUGGACUGGGUUGGAGAUUACAAUGAGCCUCUGACUGGGUUCUCCUGGAGGGGAGGCUCUGAGCGGGAGACCACUGGCAUCCAGAUAUGGAGUGAGGUUUUCCUGGUGGACAAGCCUGAUGGCAAAAAGGUUGCAGUGUUGCUGAUGGACACACAGGGGACCUUUGACAGUCAGUCCACCCUGAGGGAUUCAGCCACUGUGUUUGCUCUUAGCACAAUGAUCAGCUCCAUACAGGUUUAUAACUUGUCCCAGAACGUGCAGGAGGAUGAUCUGCAGCACUUGCAGCUUUUCACCGAGUACGGUCGGCUGGCCAUGGAGGAGACAUUCCUGAAACCUUUCCAGUCCCUUAUAUUCCUUGUUCGUGACUGGAGCUUCCCAUAUGAGUUUUCCUAUGGAUCUGAUGGAGGAGCAAAGUUUUUGGAGAAGAGGCUGAAGGUCUCAGGAAAUCAGCACGAAGAGCUGCAGAAUGUCAGAAAGCACAUCCAUUCCUGCUUCACCAAAAUCUCCUGCUUCCUCUUACCUCACCCAGGCCUGAAAGUCGCCACCAACCCCAAUUUUGAUGGCAAACUGAAAGAAAUAGAUGAUGAGUUCAUCAAGAACUUGAAGAUUUUGAUCCCUUGGCUUCUAAGUCCUGAGAGUCUGGAUGUGAAGGAGAUCAAUGGAAACCAAAUCACCUGCAGAGGCCUUGUGGAGUAUUUUAAGGCAUACAUAAAGAUCUACCAAGGGGAAGAGUUGCCACACCCCAAGUCCAUGCUGCAGGCCACAGCAGAAGCCAACAAUUUAGCAGCAGUUGCCACUGCCAAAGACACCUACAGCAGGAGGAUGGAAGAGGUUUGUGGGGGGGACAAACCCUUCCUGGCACCCAGUGACCUCCAGACCAAACACAUGGAGCUGAAGGAGGAGGCUGUGAAGCUGUUCCGGGGGGUGAAGAAGAUGGGUGGGGAGGAGUUCAGCCGCCGCUACCUCCAGCAGCUGGAGAAUGAGAUUGAUGAGCUCUACAUCCAGUACAUCAAACACAACGACAGCAAAAACAUCUUCCAUGCUGCCCGUACCCCUGCCACCCUCUUCGUGGUCAUCUUCAUCACUUAUGUGCUGGCUGGAGUCACCAGCUUCAUUGGCUUGGACAUCAUAGCCAGUCUGUGCAACAUGAUCAUGGGCUUGACACUUAUCACACUGUGUACCUGGGCAUAUAUCAGAUACUCUGGGGAGUACAGAGAACUGGGAGCAGUAAUAGACCAAGUGGCUGCAGCCUUGUGGGACCAGGGAAGCACAAACGAGGCUUUGUACAAGCUGUACAGUGCAGCAGCCACUCACAGACAUUUGUACCACCACGCCUUCCCGGCCCAGAAAGCGGAACCAGCGGAGGGCUCGGAGAGGAAGAAGCUGUAAAUCCAACCCCGUGGUUCCACACCCCUCAUCCUCACCCCAGCCCAAAGCUCCUGCCCUGGGAGGGGGGGGAGAAGUCACUGGUUGUGGGGGUUUGUUCCAGGGGAUGCUGUGGGGAGGGGUUUUUGUUGUUAAUAUGUACAUAUGGAACUGCAGCCGUGAGCAAGUGCUUUGAAUCUAAGAGCCAACCUCCUGCCCCUGCUAAUUUAUGGAGCCUUAUUUUCCCCUUCUUAAUUAGUUACAAACUCACUGAAGAAAUUCUAAUUUCCAUGAUACUGCAACUAAAAACCUUCCAGACUUCAGCAUUAUUCAAACCCCAACUUACUUCAGAUACUUGAACAAGUUAUACCAUGUAAAGCAGGUUUGCUUUUUUAUUUUUCUCCUUCAAUUAACUGUUUAAUUACAUAAUUAACAAAAACCAUAUUAACUUGCUUUCUCAGAAACUGUAAGGGCACUUCUGCUGUGGUCUGUGGAUGAUCCCCUAGGGACAGUGUGUGUCUGUUUGUAACCCAUGCACAAAGUUUCACUUUGUUGAUGUACUGGAGGAAGUUUCACUGUAUUUCUGUACAUAAUUAUCACAGCUCCUGGAAAGUGUGUCCAACAGUUCUAUUCUUUUAUUGUCAGAACUAUUAAAGUUUCCUUUCAGUUCCUAAGAAGUUGUUGAUGCAAGGCACAGUUAUUGGUUAAGCCAGGCAGAGCUUCUCCUUGUGGUUUUUCUGGUUUUUUGCCUUCUCUUCUUUCCCUCUUGACAAUCAGAGUUUUCCAAACGACUUCUGGGGGUGCUUCUGUCACUAAGGAGGUUAAACCAGGUUUCUCAAGGCUCAGACAAAAUAAAGGCUCAGUAAGAUAAAGUCUCACUAAAUUCUCCAGCUUUUACCAGGGGUGGAAAAACAUCUUCAUCAAAGCAAGGUCCCCAGCCCUCAUGGGUCAGAGAACACAAGCUCCUGAUGCUCACCACACCCCUCACAUCUUAUUAAUGGUUAUUAGAAUGGUAGAAGAAUUUUUUUUACAAUCUACAAUGGCAAAAAAAUAUAAUCAAUUGGACAUCCAUGCAUUAAACAAAAUGAUUUUUAUUGAAUUAAUAGGAUUUACAAGAAAUGUAUUUUUUUUUUUUUGUCUGGAACAAUGCUUAUUGCACUAAAAAGAAUCCAUAAAUAACAUUUCAGGACAAUCAAUGAACCAAAUGAAAGUAUUGGAGAGGGUAACUGUACAAUUAAAAAACUCUCCCCAAGGCAGGAAGCUUGAAUACAAGACAAAAGCUUGUUAAAAAAAGAAGCAAGUUUUGUUACAUCCCUGAUUUCUUCCACGGUUGGUACAGCUGGUUGGUGAGCUGGUCAGACAAUGCCACUGCCUUCCCAGGUGAUGAGGUCAUGUUCUCUGAAAUGUAGUUUACCCAGCAUUUUAAAAAAAAACCUGUGAAAAGUUUGCUUGGUCUUUGAGAAAGUAUUUUUGACUAAUUCCUGUGAAAAGGAGUGGUGAAUUUAAAGUAGUAACAAGUUAAAGUAGAAAAUAAGGCAACUUGGGCUUCAGUUGGUGAAGCAAUUUGGUUUAAGAUGGUGGUGGCAUCACCCACUUCAGUCUGGUCCUAGCCCUGGGUGUCACUGAAGAGGAAAAGCAUCAGUGUUCUGCACAGUAAAGCUGUAAACACAGAGCAGACCUCUCUUGAGAGAGAGAGGGAUAAAAGAAGUCCCGAGGGAAAUACAAGGGAACAUUAAUUUGGAUUUUAACAAGUGUUUUGUAUCUGGGACAUUUCAUUUAAGUUGCAUCUAUUGCCCUUUGAAAGUGCAGUCAGCUUAAUACUGCAGCUGACUGCUAGGAAAAAAAAAAA